GUCGAAAGAUACAACGCUUUGCUCAAGCCUUUAAGAACGGGAUUGCGAUUAAGUGAAGACAACAUCAAAAAGGUCAUCGAUCUCAUUUGCGGGACAAAUGUUUUUGUAUCCAUCCCGGGUGCCUUCUAUCAAGAAUUCGAUAGAAGCAAUCGCGUUCUCUCAGGAUGUGUUGGUCAAGGGGAUUCAAAUAUCAAUCUAGCGUGGAAGAUUUUGAUUGUAUUUGACGCCCUUUUUUUGAUACAAUCGGUAGUAAUGGUAUUUUGCUAUGGUUCCUUGAUCAGAGGUCUCUACUUUACCAACACAAUUUGUCAAGAAACUGAAACCACUGAUGGCGAGAGAAGCUCGGAGAAGAAGAAACUUGUUAUCACAUUCCUUCUAGCGACUGUUGGGUUUUUGAUCGGUUAUGUACCUUCCAUGGCCUUCUACACAGUUGUUGCAUUUCAAACCAACGCGGAUAUAGGUAUGAGCCUCUUCUCUGAUCUCGAGAAUUCGUUUCAGUUUUUGUUUGGCUGCAGUCUAUGUUUAAAUCCACUUGUUUACGCUUUCCGAAGUGCCCAUUUUAGAGAGGGAUUCAGACGCGUUCUU